AUGGAUAUGGCUGGUUUAUAUCCAAGAUACAUCAACAUCCGCCGUGGCGGUUAUAUCAUGGCUUGCAUUGGAAUUGCUACGCAGCCAUGGCAACUUCUGAGCACAGCUACAAAGUUCUUGUCGGUGUUAAGUGGGUUUGGCGUGUUCAUGGCCCCGGCAACUGGAGUGAUGCUUGCCGAUUACCACGUUGUCCGACAACACAAACUGAAAUUAAACGAACUGUAUGUCGGCAAUAGCAGUUCUAUCUACUGGUUCAGAUCUGGCUUCAACUGGAGGGCAUUCGCAGCAUUCACUGCCGGCAUGUGGCCACUAUUACCGGGCCUUGUUGCCACAGUCAAUGCCUAUACUGAUGCUAAGUGGACGGGCUGGAUCCGGCUCUACAACUUGACGUUUCUUGUUGGAGUUGCCAUUAGCUUCUCCGUUUUCAUUGGAUUAUGCUACUUGUUCCCUGUUCCUGGACUGGGAUUAGAGACGCCUUUUGUCGAAGAUGAGGUCAUCGAUGGUCAGUCGACUCCUCUCGAUACAGACUCCAAAGUGGAAGAGCAAGCAACAGGUAAAGUUUGA